AUGCUCUCUGAGCUCCCAUCGGAGAUCAUCUAUCAAAUUGCGACGUAUCUCCCGACUGCCAAUGCAUUAGCCCAUUUGUCGCAGACAUGUCACAGACUGCACGGCAUUAUCACUGCUGAAAAUUCUCGGAUCUUCCGAGCCUUUGUGCGAAGCAGAUUUCCGUCUAUUGAGACACCGCCAUUCUGGAAAGAUGCGGCACAAGCUUUAACUUCUAGGUCCCGGGCCCUGGACAGAAAAGCCAUUAUCGGUCGAUUUGUUGUGCCACCUGAAACUGCGACCAAGAUCGGCUCGCAUGAAGUGACUCGCCAAGACAAUCCGACCCUCGGGUACAGACCUUCAAUUGAUUCUUACGAGAUCUGGAAUGGCCAGCGUUGGGCUAAUAGGAAAGAGGUUCUUGCCUGGGGUGCUGCCAACCAGCUUGUGAUGAGGAUCAAGCAAACCGGUGCUCGCUCACAAGAAGACUGGCUUGUGUUCAAUGAUGUUGAUCAUAUUAGCAGCUAUGAUGACAUUUGUUCUCUGCAUCUUUUGUCCUCGGGGAAUCAAUACAGCAACGAUACCGACGUGGAGCAUCUGAUCUUUGGUCGGGUUAGAGGUGACAUUGCUCAUCUUGCCAUAUCUCCCAAUGAAGGAAAAUUUGAGUACAAGCAGAAAUUCAUGGCACAUGGACUCAGACUCGAUAAAACAGAUUUGAUCAGUGACACGGAUUCUACUUUGGCUGCUCAUUUCGAAAAUGGAUCCAUCGCUUUCUACCAUACCGAGACCGACGAAGAGCAAAUCGAGCCUUUCACAUGGAUUUUGCCAGAAGCCUCCUCACGAACCAACUACUCCAAACUGCUAUCCUCAUCACUAGUAGCAGUGGGAACUGGAAAUGUGGAAAACUCCAUGUCUAUCUCGAAAAUCACACCAGAUGGGGUCUCCGCAUAUCGACAAAUCGGAAUCGGUUCUCUAGAUACCGACUCUACAAGCCUCAGAUCAAAGGCCAACAUCGGUGCCAUCGAGCCUCUCAAUAACCACAACCUCACAGGCUGCCCCGGCGAAGUCUUCCUAGCUGCCUGGGACGACCACACCGUCAGACUCCAUGACCUGCGCUCCCCAGAGCCCUACGAAGUCUCCUACAAAGACCUCACAGACCUCAGUCCGAUCUACAGCCUCCACGCCUUCGGACAUGAGCGCUUUCUAGCCGGAGCUGGUGGCGAAGCCUUGGUCAAGAUCUUCGACCUGCGCAUGUGCAACACAUACAGUUACCUCGAUGCACAAAUACCCGCCUCGCAAUCGCCGAGCACACAAACUACAACAAAUAUCAAAUCCAGCACCAUGCCCAGAACGAGAGCACAAUCCAAUUCUAAAAAGGGCUUCUCGAUCUUCCUUUCCUACCACCCACCCCCUACAUUCCUCCAGCAAACCCCAGCCCCAACCCGAAACCGCCAAAGAGGUCCUUACCGAGGCCCCAUCUACACAAUGUCUUCGCCCUCGCCCUCUUCGCCAAUCGUAUACACCGGCAUCGUAGACGGGGUGGUUCAACUCGACUUUGCAUCUACGGAUGACCUAACCGGUCCGCAGAGAGAGUGGUACGAGGCUAAUCUGGACCUGGGCGUGAACACGGGUUCCGAUGUCUUACCGCGCUGGAACGCCGAACCGUUCAAUUUGGCUGGCUACGAGCGCCCAGAUGAAGAUGACUCUGCUACUACUUGUAAGCUGAGGAAUCAGCGCGCGUUUAGGGAUCUUGGACCUGAGGAUAUGGCUAGUGAGACGCAUGCCGGUUGGGAUUGUAGGUGGGAGACUUUGGAGGAGCCUGGAGCUUGGAGGAGGCGGGAUGAGUAA